ACUGCUAUCGAUAACAGUUUGUUUGUGCCAAACAGUUCAACAAUGUCCAGGAAAGGAGGAGGUUCCUCGGGAGGUGGUGUGGCCCAGGCGCCGCUCAACCUGGUCAACUUUAGCUUCCUGGAUCACAAGGCGGAGCUCUCUGGGCAGCUGCUGGCCCGCGGCCGCCAGCAGGCGAGAAGUCUGGUGGAGAACGAGGCCGAUUUCUGGAAGUUUGUCGGCAAGUACGAGGCCAUGAUGCGGUCCACGGGCCAGCCAGCUUUGCCGCCACUACUCACGGAGCCGGAGCUGUCUGAGGCACAGCCGUAUCAUCGCAGCAAGCACCUGGCGUUGCGCCUGAAUGGCGAGGCCUUCCUGCAGGACGCUCGCGGCGAAAUGCAGGAGCAGUUCCGGCACCUGCUGCUCGUCUACCUGGACUUCCGGCAGAAGGAGAAGUUCCAGCGCAUCCGGAAGCUGCGACAGGCGCAACGCAAUCUUCCCAUAGCCCGAUUCCGCAGCGAUUUGCGCCAAGCGCUGGACGAAUCCCGCGUGGUCAUUGUGGCCGGCGACACGGGCUGCGGCAAGUCGACGCAGGUGCCGCAGUUCCUGUACGAUUUCGGUUACCGGAGCAUAGCCUGCACCCAGCCCCGGCGUCUGGCCUGCGUGUCGCUGUCAAAACGCGUGGCCCACGAGCUGCUGGACGAUUAUGGCAGCCAGGUGGGCUUCCAGAUCCGCUUCGAGCGCAGCCGGACGCAGCGCACCAAUAUAUUGUUCAUCACCGAGGGCCUGCUGCUGCGCCAGCUGGCGAUGGCCUCAAAUCUCGAUCAGUAUGAUGCCCUGAUUCUGGACGAGAUCCAUGAGCGCAACCUCUUUGGCGACUUUCUGCUUGGCGUUACCAAGUGCCUGCUGCGGGCACGACCGCAGCUGAAGCUGAUCCUAAUGUCUGCCACCAUCAAUGUGGAGCUCUUCCACAGCUAUUUCCGCGAGGAGGGAGCACGGCUGGUGCAGGUGCCGGGCCGGCUAUAUCCCAUUAAGCUGCGUUAUAUGCCGCCGCCUGCGUUGGAGCUGAAGGCUGGCCAGGCGGCUGCGGCCUCCAAGCGCUCGCAGGGCUCCAAUCGCAUAGAUCCGGCCCCCUUUGUCCAGGUGCUUAGCCUCAUAGACCAGCAGUAUCCCACCAGCGAGCGCGGCGAUGUGCUGAUCUUCGUGAGCGGUGUCAACGAAAUCGACUCUGUGGUGGAGGCCAUCCGCGAGUAUGCCAGGCAGCAGGAGCACUGGCUGGUGCUGCCGCUGCACAGCGGUCUGGCCCUCGCCGAGCAGGACAAGGUCUUCGACUAUGCCCCCGAAGGUGGCCGCAAGUGCAUCGUGUCCACCAACAUCGCGGAGACAUCACUGACCGUGGACGGUGUGCGUUUUGUUGUCGAUUCGGGGAAGGUGAAGGAGAUGAGCUACGAUGCCGCCUGCAAGGGCCAGCGCCUAAAGGAGUUCUGGGUGUCCAAAUCAUCGGCGGAGCAGCGCAAGGGUCGAGCCGGUCGUACGGGACCAGGUGUUUGCUUCCGCCUCUACACCCAAGCGCAGUUUGAUGCCUUCGAGGCGUAUCCGGCGCCGGAAAUCUAUCGCGUUCCCCUCGACACAAUGCUGCUGCAAAUGGUGUCCAUGGGUCUGCCCGAUGUUCGGGCCUUUCCCUUCAUCGAGGCCCCGGAAAUGGAGCGCAUCGAGCAGACAAUUUUGGGACUCAAGCAGCAUUGCGCCCUUAGUGUGGACGAGAAGAUCACCCCGUUGGGCAGUUCGCUGGCCAAUCUCCCCGUGGAGCUGUCCAUUGGCAAAAUGCUGCUCAUGGGCUGCGUAUUCCCGGAGGUGGAGCAGCUCCUAACCCUGGCCGCCAUGCUGAGCGUCCAGAAUCCCCUGACGAACCGUGCCCACACGGACCAGCGUUGCGAGCGGGAACGCCAGCCGCUGGAGUCCGACCAGGGUGACCUCUUCACCCUCGUGCGGGCCUACCGCGAGUGGCUGGAGCUGAAGAUGCGACGCGAGGGCACGCGCAAAUGGUGCCAUCGUUUGGGCAUCGAGGAGCAACGUUUCUACGAGGUGACCAAGCUGCGCCAGCAGUUCCAGCGAAUCCUCGAGAGCUGCGGCAUGGCCGUGGCCAGUGGCAGCAGUGGCUCUCAGUUGACCAGCGCCGAGCGGGCCACGCGUCAUGGCGAACUGCGUCAGUUGAAGGCUCUCAAGCGUCGCCAGCGCUUCGAGCAGCCUCGCCAGCGCAAGUUGCUGAAGCAUCAACAUGGCCAGGAGGCGGAGGAGGAGGAAGAGCACAAUGAGGAGCCGCUGGGCGAGGAUAUGCGUGAUGUGGACUUUCGGCUGCGUCAUGACGCCCGGCAGCUGGCCUUGCUGGAGCGAUCGGCGCGCCUCGACCGCAGCCGGGACGUGGUGCUGCUGAAACUGCUGCUGGUGAGUGGCUUCUAUCCUCAGCUGGCCAUUGGCGAUGAGUUCAACUACUGUAAGGGCGGCGGCCAGCAGUUCUUCCACACGCGCCUCAAGCCCUUCCUCUCGCAGCAUCCCAACUCCCACUUUGCCAAGCAUUACGAGCUGCUCAAGCUGGCUGACAGCGACCUCCUGGCCAAGCCGGACUUUUACACGCCCAAGCAUCCGCUUAGCGCCCGGCACCAGCUCCUCUGCUACCAGUCACUGCUGGAGACCGCCAAGCCGUAUUUAAUGAACUGCAUCCGCCUGCCAGCGGCCCAGACGCUCCUGCUCUUCAGCUUUGCCAUUGACACCAAUGCCGGGGUCACACAGAUCGUCUGCGACGGCUGGCUGGGCCUGGAUUUUCCCAUGCCCGGCACCGGCAUGCAGCUUCUCAGUCGCGCCAUCGAGCUGCGUCGUCGUUGGAGCAGUCAGCUGUACGCCAAGCUGGAUGAGCUUAGCGACAAGCGGGAGGCACCUUCAAGCCUGACCAGUCCAAGCAGCACGCUCUGGCAUGAUCUGCUCGAUUUCAUGGCCCUGGACGUUGCAUACGCCAUCCGUCGCCUGCUGCCCGCUGAUCUCAAGCGUCUCUACUCCCAUCAGGCGGCUUCCGCCGCGACGCGACUUAUGGAACUCCCAGCGAACCCCUUUGCUCCGGACUAUGCCAUGACCGCCAACGAGGAGAAGGGGGGCCUCAAUGUCUCCGAGCAUGUGGUAUAUGGCUGCCUGGUUGAGCAACAGUGGACACUGGCCAUGGACACAACGUUGCGGUCAGAGCCGUGGCAGUGUACGCGCUGCAACUUCCAGCUGGAGGAGUUCGAUGUGCUGGAGCAGCUGGUGCAUCAACAGCAACAGCAGUGCCGACCGAGUAGGGCGAAGGCUAGUCCAAGUGGGAAGACAGAUAAGCGGCCACCACCAACCACCACCUCCUCCUCCUCCUCUUCUGCCUCCACUGGCGGUUAUUUCUGUGAAACCUGCAAGACUCGGCUGCGUCAGCUCUCACAGAUUGACAUCCUGCGCCACCGUAGACAGUGCACAAAAGCCAGUUAAUAAAUAAAUAAUAACCAUAACAAAUAAGAAUAACUAUAUUUCACCCAAAAAGAAGAUAUAUUUUUUAAAUAAUUAAU